AUGGCGCCCGCGCAGCGCCCGCUGCUCCCGCUGCUGCUCCUGCUGUUACCGCUGCCGCCGCCGCCCUUCGCGCGCGCCGAGGACGCCGCCCGCGCCAACUCGGACCGCUACGCCGUCUACUGGAACCGCAGCAACCCCAGGUUCCACGCAGGCGAGGGGGACGACGGCGGGGGCUACACGGUGGAGGUGAGCAUCAACGACUACCUGGACAUCUACUGCCCGCACUACGGGGCGCCGCUGCCGCCGGCCGAGCGCAUGGAGCACUACGUGCUGUACAUGGUCAACGGCGAGGGCCACGCCUCCUGCGACCACCGCCAGCGCGGCUUCAAGCGCUGGGAGUGCAACCGGCCGGCCGCGCCCGGGGGGCCGCUCAAGUUCUCGGAGAAGUUCCAGCUCUUCACGCCCUUCUCCCUGGGCUUCGAGUUCCGGCCCGGCCACGAGUAUUACUACAUCUCGGCCACGCCUCCUAAUGCUGUGGACCGGCCCUGCCUACGACUGAAGGUGUAUGUGCGGCCCACCAAUGAGACCCUGUACGAGCCUCCUGAGCCGAUCUUCACCAGCAAUAACUCAUGCAGCAGCCUAGGCGGCUGCCGCCUCUUCCUCAGCACCAUCCCCCUGCUCUGGACCCUCCUGGGUUCCUAGUCCCAGCCUCGCAGGAUGUCGGCCCUGCCUGGACGGGCCCACCUGGACCGCCUGACCUCGGCCCUCCGGACCCAGCUGCGGCCCCCGCCUCUGAGACCAA